CCCCCAUUGCUGAGCGAGGCUGUGGGACCUGAGUAAGCCAGACAGGGAGUGAGAAGCCUUUGUUCCACCACUCCACGACACUCUGCUACACUCCGACACUCUCUCCUCUCUUGUGGUGUCAGAGCGGCCCGGGCUGAAGCUUGUGACCUCCUCGUGGCUUGAGGAACUAGUGGACAAUAUAUGUUCGUUGGGAGUCGCGAUUUGCAUGGAAGAACAAAAACCCGCAUUUAAUUGUCAAUGUGAAGAUCUGUGUGAAAUCUAAAUGGAGUGAGAGUGAGGUUCAGGCGUGUGGAGCCUGUUCAGCGGGACAGGGCUCUGUAAUAUAUACAGAGUUCGGCGAUAUAGAAGUUUUUGUGCAGAGAUUUUGAGAUUCUGCGGUACGAUGCCUGCUGUGAACGGAACAGAUGUCCCCAACAACAUACCAGCCCCUGCAAUGGUGGUCCAACAGGCUGCCAAGAAGGGGCCCAAGUCAGUGGAGACAGUCUACCAAAAGAAGACUCAGCUUGAGCACAUUCUGCUCCGUCCAGACACCUAUAUUGGGUCUGUGGAAUAUACAACAGAACAAAUGUGGAUUUUUGACCCUGAGACGGACAGGAUUGUGCAAAAAGAGAUUUCGUUCGUCCCAGGUCUGUAUAAGAUUUAUGAUGAAAUCUUAGUCAAUGCUGCUGACAACAAGCAGAGAGAUCCUGGGAUGGACACUAUCAAGGUGGAGAUUGACCCGGAGAAUAAUGUAAUAUCAGUGUACAACAAUGGAAAGGGUAUCCCAGUAGCCAUGCACAAGGAAGAAAAGAUGUAUGUGCCCACCAUGAUCUUUGGUCACCUCCUAACUUCUUCAAACUAUAAUGAUGAUGAACAGAAGGUUACUGGAGGUCGAAAUGGUUAUGGUGCCAAGCUUUGCAACAUCUUCAGUAACAAAUUUGUUGUAGAAACUGCCUCUAAAGAAUACAAGAAGAAUUUUAAGCAGACUUGGGGAACAAACAUGAGCAAGACAAGUGAUGCAAAGAUCAAAGACUAUGGUGGUGAGGACUUCACAAAGAUUACAUUCUCACCAGAUCUUGUUAAGUUUAAGAUGGAGUCCUUAGAUAAGGACAUUGUUUCACUGAUGUCCAGGAGAGCUUAUGAUAUUGCAGCAUCAACUAAAGGGGUCAAAGUGUAUCUGAAUGGCAAACGUGUCCCGGUGAAAAACUUCAAGGAUUAUGUUGAUUUGUACCUGAAAGACAAAGUUGAUGAUGCUGAUAAUCCAGUCAAACCUGUGUAUGAGAAUGUUAAUGAGCGUUGGGAGGUGGCUGUGGCUCUCUCUGACAAAGGAUUCCAGCAGAUGUCCUUUGUAAAUAGCAUAGCCACUACAAAGGGAGGACGUCAUAUUGACUAUGUCACCGACAUGAUUGUGAAGAACCUUACCGAAACACUCAAGAAGAAGAACAAGAGUGGUGUGCAGAUUAAACCAUUCCAGAUUAAAAACCACAUGUGGAUCUUUGUAAACUGUUUGAUUGUGAACCCCACCUUCGACUCCCAGACAAAGGAGAACAUGACUCUCCAAGCCAAAAGCUUUGGCUCCAAAUGUAGUUUGUCAGACAAAUUUAUAAACAAUGUAAUGAAAUGUGGCAUUGUUGAGGCAGUCAUGACAUGGGCAAGAUUUAAGCAGCAAGCACAGUUACAGUCCAAAUGUGCCAACAGGAAGCAAAACAAACUGAAAGGUAUUCCCAAACUAGAGGAUGCUAAUGAUGCUGGAACAAAAUUCUCAUCUGACUGCACCCUCAUCCUCACUGAGGGAGACUCAGCUAAAGCCUUAGCUGUUGCUGGACUUGGUGUGGUUGGACGAGACAGAUAUGGGGUUUUCCCGCUUAGAGGUAAAUUGUUGAAUGUACGAGAAGCAUCACACAGUAAAAUCUUAGAAAAUGCUGAAAUUAACAACAUUAUCAAAAUCUUGGGACUACAGUACAAGAAGAAGUAUGAUUCAUCAGAGGAUCUGAAGAGUCUCCGCUAUGGCAAGCUUAUGAUCAUGACAGAUCAGGAUCAGGAUGGUUCUCACAUCAAAGGUCUGUUGAUCAACUUCAUCCACCACAACUGGCCCACCCUUCUCAGACACACAUUCAUGGAGGAGUUCAUUACUCCUAUUGUCAAGGCCACAAAGGGCAAGGAAGAACUGUCCUUCUACUCUUUACCUGAAUUUGAGGAAUGGAAGAAGAACAAAGAUAACUGGCCUAGUUACAAGAUAAAGUACUACAAAGGUUUGGGUACUUCCACCUCAAAGGAGGCUAAAGAGUACUUUAAUGAUAUGGUGCGGCACAGAAUUCGCUUCAACUAUGGUGGGGCACAAGAUGACCACUCCAUUCAGAUGGCUUUCAGUAAAAAAGCUAUUGAACAGCGUAAGGAGUGGUUGACAGGGUGGAUGGAGGAGUGCAAACGCCGGAAGGAACUUGGUCUACCGGAGGUGUAUUUGUAUGAGCGUGACACCAGAGCUAUCUCAUACACUGACUUUGUCAAUAAGGAGUUGGUCCUCUUCUCCAACCUUGAUAAUGAGCGAUCCAUUCCAUGCUUGGUUGAUGGUCUAAAGCCUGGCCAGAGGAAGGUCCUCUUCACUUGCUUGAAACGAAAUGACAAACGUGAGGUAAAAGUAGCUCAGUUGGCUGGCUCAGUUGCAGAACACUCAGCAUACCACCACGGUGAAGCAUCUCUUAUGUCAACCAUCAUUAACUUGGCUCAGAAUUAUAUUGGGUCAAACAAUAUCAAUUUACUCCAGCCCAUUGGUCAGUUUGGUACUAGACUGCAGGGAGGCAAGGAUCAUGCCAGCCCUCGAUACAUCUUCACAAUGUUGAGCAAGCUAGCCAGGUACAUAUUCCAUCCUCAUGAUGAUCCCCUGUUAAAGAGCAAUUUUGAUGACAACCAACGUAUUGAGCCAGAGUGGUAUAUGCCAAUCCUUCCCAUGGUGUUGGUCAACGGUGCAGAAGGUAUUGGUACAGGUUGGAGUACCAGGAUCCACAACUACAAUCCUCGAGAAAUUGUAGAAAAUCUCAAAAGAAUGUUGAGAGGGGAAGAGCCAACUCGAAUGGUACCAUGGUUCAAGGAUUUCCGAGGCACAGUUGAAGAGCUUGAUUCUCAAAGAUGUAUUGUGCAUGGAGAAAUUGCAAAUUUGGGUGGCAACAAAAUAGAGAUCACUGAACUGCCAGUUAGAGUUUGGACCCAGGCAUAUAAGGAAACUGUCCUGGAGGGUAUGCUUGCAAGUACAGAGAAAUCGCCUGCCAUGAUUACUGACUACAAGGAAUAUCACACUGACACAACAGUACGCUUCACAGUGACCAUAUCAGAAGCCAAGUUGGGCAAGGCCAUGGAAGAAGGCCUUCACAAAACCUUUAAACUUACAUCUUCCCUUUCCACAAACUCCAUGGUGUUGUUUGACCACAAUGGUGUCCUACGGAAAUUUGAGGCAGUAGAGGAGAUUCUCCGUGAGUUCUUUGAUCUGCGUCUCAAGUAUUACAGCAAGAGAAAGCAGUAUUUGGUGGGCAUGAUUCAAGCUGAAGCAUCCAAGCUGUCCAACCAGGCAAGGUUCAUCCUAGAGAAGUGUGACGGACGUCUAGUGAUUGAGAACAAAAAGAAAAAGGAUAUGAUUGCUGAACUCCAACGCAAGGGCUUUGAUUCUGAUCCUGUCAAGGCAUGGAAGAGAGUGCAAGAUAGAGAAGCUGCUCUGGAGGAGGAGGAGAUGCAGUCAGAGUCUGAUCGUGAAGAAGUGGACUUGAAGGGCCCUGACUAUGACUAUUUGCUGGGUAUGGCCAUGUGGAGCCUUACCAAGGAAAGGAAGGAUGAGCUUCUUAAAAAACGAGAUGAAAAGAAUCAGGAAUUAGAAGAGCUUAAGAAGAAGACCCCAGAUAACCUGUGGUUGAAUGAUCUUGAUGAGUUCCUCAAUAAGCUUGAUGAAGUAGAACGAGAGGAGCGUGAGAGUGAAGAAGCAGCCAACAAAAAGAGCAGCGCGGGAACCAAGAAAGUUAAAAAGCUGAAGAAUGAAACAAUGCCAUCACCUUUUGGAGAAAGAGUAGUUCCUAUCAUUGACCCAGAAAUGAAGAAGAAGGCUGAAAAAGCAGCAGCAGCAAAGGAAAGCAAAGGCAAACGAGUAAAGAAGGAAGUAGUGGAGAAUGAUGACUUUGAUGACCUUGUGGCUGCUAACACUGGCAAAUCCCUAGCUGCACGGCUAGGCAAUUCACCUGACUUGAUCAUGAAAAAAGCAAAGGCAAAGAAGGGUGAUGGUAUGAAACAGACAAAGCUCAAUUUCAAGAAGGGAUCUCCAAAGAAGAAGAAAGGAAAGAAUCCUUGGGAGUCAGGGUCUGAGGAUGAUGAUGAUGAGGAUGAUAUUGAUGCUGAUGAUGUCCAACCCAGAGAGCGUGCCGCAGGGAGACGCACUGCAGCGGCCAAAAUCAAGUUCCAGUUCAGUGAGGAUGAGGAAAGUGACAGUAAUGAAUCUCUUCAUGACAAUGCUGGUGUUGAAGAAAUAGACUCAGGACCUCAGCAGAUGUCCAUGUUGGAUGACUCUAUUGCGCAAGUGGAACCAAAAAAUGAGGUCGUAAUAAGCGAUACAGAUUCAGAAUUUGAUGUAAAACCCAAGAAAGCCACUGUUGCACCUGCACCUGUCCAAGACAAACCCACAGCAUCAGAUCUUUUUGACUCAAUGAUGGGAUCCUCAAGCCCACCCAAAUAUGAGUCUGAACCCAUCAUAGCCAAAAAAGCUCCUGCCAAGAAGCGCACCAAGGGUGACAGCAGUAGUGAGGACGACAGUGUACCACAGCCCAAGAAGAAGCCAGGACCCAAGAAGAAGGCUACAGUGGUCCCAGAUGACAUGUCUGAUGAUGAACCCAAGCCCAAGAAGAAAGGCCGUCCCAAGAAGAAGGCUACUGGUGACAAUGACAUGUCAGAUGAUGAGCCCAAGCCCAAGAAGAAGCCAGGCCCAAAGAAGACUGCUGCAGCAAAGAAGAAGAAUGACUCUGAUUCAGAUGAUAUGUUUGAUGACAUAGCCCCUAAGGGUAAAGCAGCUUUGAAUGUGUCGGAUGACUUCAAUAUUUCUGAUGUUGUUCCAAGGGAGCGGUCUGGGCGACAAAAGAAAGUAAUCACCUAUGCCCUAAGUGAUGAUGAGGACUCUGAUUAUUAGACUCUUGGGGCAUAAGAUGUCUGAACAAGUACCUUGAAAGAGAAGAGGAGAGACCUGAGGCAAACAUUAGAUGCUAAGUAGAAAUGCUCUUUCUUUGAUAAUGAAAUUGCUCCUGUAUUUUAAGGAGCUGGUCAUUGCUGUAUUAUAAGUAUUCUAGAGCAUUGUCAACUUAUUUUAUUUACAUUUUUUUAAUAUUUUAUUUUAUCUUUUCAUUUGUACGAAUUUGUAACAAAAAUAGCUAUAACAUUAGUAUGAAAGGACAAUUUUUAAGCUGUUGGGACCCUUUGUAUUAGGCUUAUUCAAAGUACUGUGUAACAAUUUAAAUCUUUUUAAUGAUAGACUUUCAAGUACAAAGGGAUUAUGAAAAGUCUGCUGAUACAGUUGCUUUUAUUUGAUGCUGUAUUUUUUUAAUGUCUUAUCAAUGGUAUAUAUUUACAAAAAUACUUAUAAUAGCUGCAAUAAAAAUACUUCUGUAUUUUUCAAUAAAUUCUUUUAGAAGAAAUUUUUGUAAAAGAUAAUAAAGAGACUUACCAUGUGCUGUAGAUAUAUUCCAGGAUUUUUUUUUAAGGUGUAAUGAGAUAGUAAUGGAUUGUGGCAUUUUGAGGAGCAGCAUAGGAGCUGGUAUUUUAGUCUAAGUCUAGCACAAACUUUGGGAAAUCUUCAGGCUCUUUUGUUGUCUUUUUUCAAUUAUUUCAAUGUGAAUUAAAAAAAAAAAGUAAAAGGGAAAAAAAAUGCUAGCUGAUUGUACCAAUAUAUAUUUUGGUAAAAUCCAGUAAAGUAAAGAAAUUGUUUUAUUUUUUUUUAGGUUUCAGCGCUAUUUAUUUUCCUUCACCUUUCUGUCGGGACUCAAAGUCCCUUGUCUACUAUCAGUUUUUGAAAAUAAAGUAGAUAGACUGGA